UUCUGGCCAUUUUCAGGUGAUAGAAGCCUGUAUUUUCAGAGAUCUUGUCUGCCCUCAUCCUUCCUCAGUUCGCUGUCACUGUUCCUGUGCUCAUCGUUGGUUAUAGUAGACCCCAGAACGUGUGCCCUGAAGAGAAUGUUCCAGACCAACGCUGUCAUGCUGAGUGCCCUCUCCUUGGCUUACUUGCUGAGUCUUCAGGAAGCUGGGGCCAUCCAGGCGGACCAUGUAUCAACUUAUUUGGCAUUUACACAAACACACAGACCCUCAGGGGAGUAUAUGUCCCAGUUGGAUGGGGAUGAGGUGUUCUACGUGGACCAGGACAAGAGGGAGACAAUCUGGAGUCUGGAGGAGUUUGGGCAUGCCUUUUCCUUUGAUGCUCAAGGUGCUCUGCAGAACUUUGCCGUAGUAAAGUCAUACCUGAAUGUCCUGACGCAGCGUUCCAACCACACCCAGGCCUCCAACGAGCCUCCUGAGGUGACCGUGUUUCCAAAGAAGUCCGUGGAGCUGGGCCAGCCCAACGUCCUCAUCUGCCACAUGGACAAGUUUUUCCCUCCGGUGCUCAAUGUGACGUGGCUGCGCAACGGACAGCCGGUCACUGACGGUGUUGCUGAGAGCCUUUUCCUGCCUACCACAGAGUUCAGAUUCCACAAGUUCCUGUACCUGACCUUCGUGCCCUCAGCCGAGGAUGUCUAUGACUGCAGGGUGGAGCACUGGGGCCUGGAAGAGCCACUCCUUAUGCAUUGGGAGGCCCAGGAGCCGGUCCUGGUGCCUGAGACGACGGAGACUGUGGUCUGUGCCCUGGGCCUGGUGCUGGGCCUGGUGGGCAUCAUCGUUGGUACCGUCUUCAUCAUAAAGGCCCUGCGUUCCAGUCGUGACCCCCGGACCCAGGGGCCCCUGUGAGUUAUUGCAGAGGUGAGGAUCUUGGGUACAGUCAGA